AUGGAAAAGGCCUCCCUGAACCCGGGCGUAGCAGCUUCCCAAGCCGCGCCGGCGCAGCCUGCUUUGGACAGCAAGUGGCCGCAUUUUCCUAAUGGCCACCGCUCCCUUGGACUGGCCCCUGCUGAUCUUCUCCGUGCACAUGCAUGGUUGGAAGAGGCCGCUUCUUUCGAUGGUGCCGGUGGCUGGAAGGAAGACGACUGGCUUCGCUUUUGGAUGGAGCAGGAUUCGGCCUUUGAGACUUUGCUUCAGCGCGCCAAGGAGGCUGGCCAUGGCUGGAACAUUGGCCAAUGGCUUUGGCUUUGGGUGUCGCAAGCCGACCGACCCCAGCCGCCGCCGGCUCCUCCUUUGGGCACUGCGCCACCUGUGGCUACCGGCAUGGGUCCGGACGCUUUCCCGCUCAGCCAGCACAACGAGACGGUAAUUGUCCAGCAGAUUUACUGCCGCUCCACGUGUCAAGACUGCGGUGCUGGCCAUUGCGGGGUCGUUCUUACACGCGAAGAUUUGCCUCAUCGGCACCGCUGUGGCAUUUGUUACAAAGCUUUUAGGAGGGCACAAGGGCAACCCUGA